AUGUUUGAUGGGAAGAAAGUUGCUCAUGUAGCUACACCUCACCCUUCAAAACAGGCUGAUAAAACUCCUGCGAUGAAGUCAAAUCAGCAGACUCCAAAAUCGAGUGAUGUAGUUUCCUGCAAGUCUUGCAGCAAGACAUUUGGUACGGAAAAAGCACUAGAAUCCCAUACGAAGGCUAAGCACUCGGCUGGAAAGUAA